CGCUGGGGCCGGAGCAAAAGGAAGAAAGAGGCAGAGGGAAGCUCACCGAGCACUGGCGAGGUCCCGGGAGCGAGCGCGACAUCGGGUCAAAUGAGGAAGCUGAGUCCACUCAACUAGAAGAGAAGCAAAGACAAAGUCAUCAUGGCUUCAGUGUCUACGCAUGAACACCAAGAUAAAGGUCCCCAUUGGCCACCACCAAGCAAGCAGAGUCUGUUGUUUUGUCCAAAAUCAAAACUGCACAUCCACAAAUCAGAGAUUUCAAAGAUUAUCCGGGAAUGUCAAGAAGAAAGUUUCUGGAAGAGAGCUCUGCCUUUUUCUCUUGUAAGCAUGCUUGUCACCCAAGGACUGGUCCACCAUGGUUAUUUAGCAGCUAAUCCAAGAUUUGGAUCAUUGCCUAAAGUUGCAUUUGCUGGUAUCUUGGGAUUUGGCCUUGGAAAGGCAUCAUACAUAAGAGUAUGCCAGAGUAAAUUCCAUUCCUUUGAAGGUCAGCUGCGUGGGGCUGGUUUUGGUCCAGGGCAUAACAGGCACUGCCUGCUUACCUGUGAGGAAUGCAAAACAAAGCAUGGAUUAAAUAAGGAGGGAAGUUCACAGCCUUCGACUUCCUAAACUCUGUGGGUUUUCAAGUUUCCAAAAACAUCUGAAUUUGUACACCUUUAAAAUGUCAAAUGUACUUUAAAAUAAUUUACUUAUAGUAGAACAGAAACAUUGUGAUUCUCUCACUCUAUUGAAAUGCUUUCGCCGGUUGAUUCUCCAUUGAAUUGAGCAUUCCAUGUUUUUCUGUUGUUUAAGUACAUGUUGGGAGCAUUCAUACACCAAAAGAAAUUCUGUUGCACUCUUACUUGCUUACAGCUAAAUAAAAGAAUUUAGAGUCUUCUCUGA